AAUACGACGCCGUCCCACCGUGCCGACUUAAACAGAAAGAAAGAAGGCUGAAACUCGCAGAAAAGUAAAGGAGACUAUGGAGUAUAGAUAGAUUCCUGCAAAUUCUACAUAAAACAAAGGAAACAAGAGAGAAGAGAGAGAAAAGGGACAGUGGGUACCUUCAUCAUCAUCAUGCAAUGGAGGAUACGACUGUUCUUUAAUCGAAAGUAUUUCCUUUUUUAAUAUCACCUACCUUUAUAUUGCAUUCAUAUUCAUUUGCAUUUGGAAUUGGAGGGCGUAUAUCACUUGUUUCACUUACCAAAUCAGCAAUCUUUAUCGAUAAAUCUUUGCUUAACCACAUUUACGUGAUCUCUAUACAAGCACGCAAGUGAUUGUCUUUCGUUGAAAGCCAUCGCCAUUCUUGAAUCCAGUCCGGGCGGAUCGGCGCCGCUAUUAGUCCGAGAAAUUCGAGAAGGAAGAGAAGUCUGAGGCUGCCUUGAUCUGGUUUGACAUCAAUGUCCUGGGGACUGGGAUGGAAGCGACCAUCGGAAGUCUUCCACCUGACGCUAAGUUACGGCUCCGACGCCAACGAUCUCGAUGGCGUGGCCACGACUUCAUCCCAGUCGCCAUCCGCCGCCGCCGCCACCGCCGCCGCCUCCCCGCGUUCAGGAUCAUCGCCCACGUUUCGUGAAUCCGCAGCCUAUUCGGAAAACGAUCAAGAUCGACUAGGGUUUACGAUUGACCUCGAUUGGAACGCUGGCGAUGACGAGGAUCAAGUGGCAUUGAAAUUGCAGUCGCAGGUAAUGGUCGCCUUGCCCACACCACAAGACAAGGUAGAAGUUGAAUUGAUUGAGAGGACAGAGAAUGGGAAAGAGAGUUUGGAAAAUGGUGGUGGCGUGGGAAUUAAUCUAGCAAACAAUGGAGAGCAGGGUUUUGAACUGGGGGUGGAGAUGACAGUCGUCAAACGAAGGGAGCCAUUAAGGGCCGUGAAAAUGUGGAGAGCAGGGGGCUCGGGACAGCUGAACGAUGGAGGAACAGGUGUUUUGAUGAAGUUGAUGAGAUCAAAUUUUGCCAAUGGAAUUGCAAAUGGAAGUGCGGUGGGGUCGGUCUGUGCUGAGCAUUGGCGUAAUGUUUCUGUUGUCAGCCUCUGCGGUAUUGGAUUAACUGCAUUUCCUAUUGAGAUAACUCAUCUACCUCUUCUUGAGAAGCUAUAUCUUGAUAAUAAUAAGCUGUCAGUUUUGCCACCUGAGCUUGGUCAGCUGAAAAAGUUAAAAGUUCUUGCGGUGGACCACAACAUGCUUGUUUCUGUGCCUGUUGAAUUAAGAGAGUGCACUGGCCUUGUUGAAUUGUCACUGGAAGACAACAAGCUCGUCCGUCCUAUUCUUGAUUUCAGGGCUAUGGCAGAGUUGCGUGUAUUAAGGCUUUUUGGGAACCCCCUUGAAUUCCUUCCAGACAUAUUACCAUUGCAUGAGCUUCGCCAUUUGUCUCUUGCAAAUAUACGGAUUGUGGCUGAUGAAAAUUUGAUAUCAGUGAAUGUGCAGAUUGAGAUGGAGAAUAGUUCAUAUUUUGUUGCAUCUCGGCAUAAAUUGAGCGCAUUCUUCGCUCUCAUAUUUCGAUUUUCUUCUUGCCAUCACCCUUUGCUGGCAUCUGCCCUUGCUGAGAUAAUGCAAGAUGAAGGAAACCGAGUAGUUGUGGGAAAAGACGAGAAUGCCGUGCGACAGCUCAUAAGCAUGAUAAGCAGUGAGGACCAUCAUGUGGUUGAACAAGCCUGCUCUGCACUCUCUGCUCUUGCUUCAGAUGUUUCAGUGGCAAUGCAACUAAUAAAAUCUGACAUUGUGCAACCUGUUGAGAGGGUUUUGAAAUCCACUGGGUUGAAAGAAGUUAUUUCUGUUUUGCAAGUCGUGGUUAAUUUGGCUUUUGCAUCUGAUAUUGUAGCUCAGAAAAUGUUGACCAAAGAUAUAUUGAAGUCAUUAAAAUUGUUGUGUACCCACUCAAAUCCAGAGGUACAACGAUUAGCAUUAUUUGCAAUAGGAAAUUUUGCAUUCUGUUUGGAAAAUCGUCGUUCACUGGUUACUUCAGAAAGUUUGCGGGAACUUCUUCUGCGGCUGACGGCUGCAUCUGAGCCAUCUGUGUGUAAAGCUGCUGCUCGCACCUUGGCCAUAUUAGGGGAGAAUGAGACCCUUCGCCGUGCUAUUAAAGGAAGGCAGGUCCCCAAACGGGGACUGCGCAUACUUACAAUGGAUGGUGGAGGCAUGAAAGGAUUAACUACCGUGAGGAUUUUAAAAGAAAUUGAAAGGCGUACUGGAAAGCAGAUCUAUGAGCUUUUUGACCUUAUUUGUGGAACAUCGACUGGUGGUAUGCUAGCUGUUGCCCUUGGAAUAAAGUUGAUGUCCUUGAAUAAGUGUGAAGAGAUAUAUAAAGACCUUGGAAAACUUGUAUUUGCUGAACCUGUCCCCAAGGAAAAUGAAGCAGCAACAUGGAGAGAGAAAUUGGAUCAACUUUACAAAAGCUCAUCACAGAGAUUUCGUGUGGUUGUUCAUGGAUCUAAACACAGUGCAGAUCAAUUUGAGAAGCUGCUGAAGGAGAUGUGUGCUGAUGAUGAGGGAGAUCUCCUAAUAGAAUCAGCAGUUAGAAAGAUUCCUAAAGUUUUUGUUGUAUCUACUUUGGUUAGCGUUGCACCUGCUCAGCCAUUUAUAUUCCGAAAUUACCAGUAUCCUGCUGGAACACCAGAGGUUUCUUCUGCAGUUUCUGAGAACUUGACAAUUGGCGGGCAAGGAGCAACAACAACUGGAGCUCAGGUUGGAUAUAAACGCCAUGCUUUUAUUGGAAGUUGUAAGCAUCACAUAUGGCAGGCUAUAAGAGCAUCAUCUGCUGCCCCGUAUUAUUUAGAUGAUUAUUCUGAUGGAGUAUAUCGCUGGCAAGAUGGGGCCAUUGUGGCAAACAAUCCUACAAUUUUUUCUAUACGAGAAGCUCAACUGUUGUGGCCUGAUUCCAACAUUGACUGCUUAGUGUCAAUUGGUUGUGGGUCUGUUCCAACAAAGGUUCGCAAGGGUGGCUGGCGUUAUAUGGACACUGGAAAUGUAUUGAUAGAAAGUGCGUGCUCUGUUGAUCGUGUGGAGGAAGCCUUAAGUACAUUGCUUCCCAUGCUUCCAGAUGUACACUAUUUUCGAUUCAAUCCAGUUGAUGAACACUGUGAUAUGGAGCUGGAUGAAACCGACCCUGCCAUCUGGUUGAAGUUAGAGGGCGCUACUGAUGAGUACAUUCAGAAUAACUCUACUGCAUUCAAAGAAGUUGCUGAAAGAUUGCUUGAAAGCACACAAGAGGAAAAAAUUUCAGAUGGUUCAAAGUCUCAGCAGCACUUCAGAUCUAAGGGAUUAAAUGAGAAUAUCCCCUCAUUGGGAUGGAGACGCGGGGUGCUUCUUGUAGAGGCUGCUAAUAGCCCAGAUUCUGGACGAGUCUUCCACCAUGCAAGUGCACUUGAAGCAUUUUGUGCUAGUAAUGGAAUAAAAUUGUCACGAGCUAAUGGAGUAUCUAGUUCCAUUAAGGCAGCUCAAGGGUCUACAUUGCCAACACCAUUUGCGUCACCUUUGUUUACAGGAAGUUUCCCAUCCACGCCCCUAAUAUACAGCCCUGAUAUUGGUCCACAACGACUUGGUAGGAUUGAUUUAGUUCCCCCAUUAAGUUUAGAUGGACUCCAUUCUGCCAAAUCAACUGCUUCUCCCCCUGAGUCUCCUCCAAAGCGCAAACAUCUUUCUGUUCCUGUUCUAUCUUUGCAUGAGAAAAUACAAAAUUCACCUCAGGUUGGAAUAGUGCAUUUGGCGUUACAAAAUGACACACAUGGCUCCAUUUUAAGGUACAGACUACCCCAGUCUUGGUGCUUACGUAUUUUUCAUAUUUUUGUAUUAUGUAUUGUGCUUGUAACUUGUAAGUUGUUCCUGAAUCUUAGUUGGCAGAAUGAUGUAUUUGUGGUUGCGGAACCUGGAGAAUUAGCUGAUAAGUUUCUGCAGAAUGUUAAGUACAGCUUGUUAUCAAUGAUGAAGGGGAGAAGAAGGAAGCAUGCUUCCGUCAUUACCAACAUAUCUACGAUCUCUGAACUUGUGUCCUGUCGGCCAUACUUUCAAAUCGGUGGUGUUGUCCACAGAUAUAUAGGACGCCAAACGCAGGUCAUGGAAGAUGAUCAAGAAAUUGGUGCAUACAUGUUUCGAAGAACUGUUCCUUCCAUGCAUUUGACUCCUGAAGAUGUCCGUUCUAUGGUUGGAUCUUGGAGGGAUAGGAUCAUAAUCUUCACAGGAAUAUAUGGACCAACACAAGCCUUGACAAAAGCCUUUCUAGAUUCUGGUGCUAAAGCUGUAGUCUCCCCUUCAGCAGAACCUGAGGAGAUGCAGCUGACAUCCUUCUACGGGCCUGGUGAGUUCAGCAGUUAUGAGAAUGGAAAGUUUGAAAUUGGAGAGGAAGAAGGAGAGGACGAUGAAGGAGAAGCUGAAGACAAUGAACCCGCCAGUCCUUCAAGCGAUUGGGAAGACAGCGACCCUGAUAAGAAUGAAGAACCAUCGAUGUUCUUCUGGGAAGAUGAUGAGAAAGACCUGUCUCAAUUCGUGAACAAGUUUUAUGAUUCACUGUUUCAGGGAGGCGGAAGAGUCGAUGUUGCCUUAAAAACUGCUUCAGCGUCACACCGGAGCCUGAGAUAUUCAUGCCACCUCCCAAAAUUUGCAUAGAUUUUGGCAUGCCCCUUCUGUAACAUUUACUUCUUGUAAACUACACCAUGCCUGGUUUAUAUGGACAAACUAUAGAGGAAAUACAACAAGUACAGGGAGGAGUAAAAAAAAAGAAUACAGAAAUGGACAUUUUGUGUAGACAUGACUUGAAACCCUUGUUUCAUUUGCAUUCAAUAAAAUAUGUAGAGGUGUGAUACACUAA